AUGUCAAUACAGACUUCUGUUUCAGUGGUGCCCGCAGCCCUUCGGCGCGGCGACACGAUCGCCUUUGUCGCUCCCUCCGCACGUCUCAACCAUAUCUUCCCCCUACGCAUUGUCCGAGCACGCGCCUUUCUCGAAGCACAAGGAUUUCACGUACGCGAGAUCUACUCACCCGAGCUUCCUACAACCUCGUUUCGUGCUGUUAUCAAGACAAGAGUGGAUGAACUACAUGAGGCUUUUCAGGACGAUGAAGUGCGCUGUAUUAUAUGCUGUAUUGGCGGGCUGACUGCCAAUGAGAUCCUGCCCCAUCUUGACUACGAGUUGAUUCGUGAGCAUCCCAAGAUUUUCAUAGGUAGUUCGGACAUUACAUUGUUGCAUCAUGCGUUGCUUGCUGGUGCUGGGUUACGGACUUUCUAUGGACCAAGUGCAAUUGUGCAGUUGGGUGAAUAUCCUGCCCCGUUGGACUUUACUUGGGAACAUUUUCUUCGUGUAUUAGUUGCGGAAGAGGGUCAGAACAAUACACUCAGACAAGAACUGGGGCCCAUGCCUCGGGCGGCUCAUUACACUGAUGAGUUUAUCGACUGGUUCGGUGAACCUGGCAACCUCCGCGCUCGUGAGACUAAACCAGCUCCUGGGUGGAAAUGGCUUCGACUGGGUCGAGCACAGGGCCGUAUCUUCGGCGGCUGUUUACCCAGCGCCUUGCAGCUAUUCGGCACACCAUGGCAAGUCUCAUAUAAAGGCCGGAUUUUACUGCUCGAGCUCCCUGAAGGCUUGCAACCCGACAGUCCCUGGCCAUUAGAACUGGUUCGCUGGAACCUGGCGGAUUUAGGAACACGAGGUGUGUGGGACGACAUUACGGGAUUAAUCCUGGGCAGACCGUAUAGACACACAGAGGAGCAGGCGGCUGAGUGGGAGAAGACGGUGCUUGAAAUCACCGAGGGCUAUGAUUUUCCUAUUCUUGCUGGUGUGGAUGUGGGGCACACCGAUCCUAUGUUGACGGUGCCGCUUGACGCAUUGUGUCAGCUGGAUAGUGAGAAGGAUGAAUGGUCUAUUUUGGAGAGAGGGGUCGAAAACAAAUAG